CUCUGUGGUCUGAUUAAAUCUCUAUAUAUACAACCAACAUGCGACCAAACGACUCUUUCAUCAAGCCGAAGCUGCCGAAGGCGCUCCUGGAUCAGAUUGGCGGCGAUGCCACCAACAACAAGAAGAAUGCGACUACCCGCAAGGAACGCCGAAAGAAUGAGAGAAAUCAGAAAAAGCAGAGCCAUCAACAAUCAAGAUCCCGUCCACCGCCACAGAGACCUCAACUGCAAAGACGUCCCCAGCCUCAACCGCGACGCGACGAGGUUUUCGAAAGCGACGAUGAGCCAACGCCACCUCCGAAGCCAAAGUCCAAGCCUACAAAAGCUACGGAAGAUAAACCAAAGUCCAUCUUGAAGACGACCAAGAAACAAGAUCCUUCGAAAUCGGAAGACACAGAGAGCUCUCAGCCUCGGGUUUCUAGGGCUGUCAAAGACAGAUUGGCUCAAGACGAUGCUGAAAUUGCUGCUUUGGAGAAGAGACUCGGUAUCAAAUCGACGAAGAGGUCAAAGGCAUUCGCAGACGACGGUCUGGAUGACUUGCUAGAAGGUUUGGAUGGUUCCGAUGAAGAAGAUGGCCCCAAGAGAAAACGUUCAGACGAUGAUGACUGGUUGCAACAAAAGAGACGGAAGGUUAGCCAAGCUGCUGCUUCUGCCGCUCGUGAGGAAGAGUCGUCAGAUGAUGAGGAAGAUAUCAGCGGCGACGAGGAAGACAUGAGUGGCGAUGAAGACGAGAUCGACGGUCUCGACGAUAUUAUGGAUGGUCUGGGCGAGAGCGACGAAGACGACCUUGAUCUUGAUGGGCUGGGAGAGGACGAUGAAGAGGAAGGAGAAGAGUCCGACGACCUGGAAGAUGAUGGUGACCACGACAUGGACGGAGAGAAAUUCGAAGACUUUGAUGAGGACGACGAGGACAGCGAAGAGGAAGCUCCAGCACCAAGGGUACGCGAGAACCCAUAUGUUGCUCCUGUACCUGCGGGAGCUGCGCCUGUCCAAAAGUAUGUCCCGCCAUCAUUGCGUGGCGCUCCGUCAUCAGACACCGAAGCACUGGCACGUCUUCGUCGUCAGAUCCAGGGUCAGCUCAAUCGUUUGUCCGAAGCGAAUCUUUUGUCUAUUCUGCAGGCCAUCGAAGAGAUCUACCAGAACAACCCUCGCCAAUAUGUCACCACAACUCUCAUUGAUCUCCUACUCGGACUCAUCUGCGACCGCACCACACUACAAGAUACCUUCCUCAUCCUUCAUGCAGGUUUUAUGGCUGCAUUGUACAAGGUCAUCGGAACAGACUUCGGUGCUCAAGUCAUCGAGCGCAUUGUGAACGACUUUGACAGACACUACACUGGAGGUACUACAGCUGGAAAGGAAACUUCCAACUUGAUGUCAUUGGUUUCUGAGCUCUACAACUUCCAACUCGUCGGCUGCAACCUGGUAUUCGACUACAUUCGUCUGUUUUUGACAGAGCUCAAUGAAGCCAAUACAGAACUGCUGUUGAAGAUCAUCCGCAAUUCUGGACCUCAGUUGCGUUCGGACGAUCCCUCAGCGUUGAAAGACAUUGUCAUUCUGGUGCAAAAGGAGGUUACUCGUAUCGGCGAGUCAAAUCUGUCGGUCAGAACGAAAUUCAUGAUUGAGACUAUCAACAACCUCAAGAACAACCGUGUCAAAACUGGUCAGGUGGCGUCUGCUAUUGUGUCGGAGCAUACGACAAGAAUGAGAAAGACCCUAGGCACCCUCAACAACAGAUCUUCCCUCAAGGCAAGCGAACCUCUUCGCAUCGGACUGGCAGAUAUUCGUGACACUGAGAAGAAGGGCAAGUGGUGGCUUGUUGGCGCCAGUUGGUUAGACCCCGGAAAACAGACCAAGGAUCAGGAUCAGGACCAGGACCAGGAUGCAGACGAACCCACAGUCAAGGCCUCGAAACGCGAUUCGACAAAAGUCUCAGCAGACGAUGGCAACGUCGAUCUGAUUCAGCUAGCACGCCAACAAGGCAUGAAUACCGACAUUCGCCGCGCCAUCUUCGUCACGAUCAUGUCAGCUACCGACUACAAGGAUGCGCAUCUUCGACUUCUCAAGCUAGGCUUCAAGAAGGCGCAAGAGCUCGAGAUUCCUCGCGUAUUGAUUCACUGCGCUGGUGCUGAAGCCACGUACAAUCCAUACUAUACACUUAUCGCCAAGAAGCUUUGUAGCGAGAAGCGUAUGCUCAAAGCCUUUCAAUUCGGACUCUGGGACAUCUUCAAGCGUCUAGGCGAGAAGCCGCUGACAGCUGACGAUGAAGAUGAUGCGUUCGAUGACGACGAGGAUGAGAAUAUGAGUACGCGCAAGAUUGUCAAUCUCGCACGAUUCUAUGCCGAUCUCAUCACAGGCGGCGGUUUCCCUAUUACAUCGCUGAAAACACUCAAUUUCGCAUACUUGCAGCCGAAGACAAACACAUUCACAGAGGUGCUCUUGACGCGGAUUCUCAUCCAAAUGAUGAGGUCGUCAUCUAAAGGCAGCAAAUGGGAUCUCUCAGUCAAUGAGGUGUUCUCUAAGGCUCAAGAGGUACCUAACAUGGUACAAGGAUUGCGCUACUUCAUCGAGAAAGUGAUCAGGAAAGCUGAAAUCGCCACGAAUAAGAAGGAACGAAAGGCAGUCAAGGAAGGUUGCGCAGCCGCAAUUGAGGCAUUGACGACCCAUAUUGCUCGUGAUGAUGGCAGCGAGGAUAUGCUGAGCGACUCUGAUUAGAUGCUCGUCAGUGGAACAUGCUAGAAUUUGAGAAGUACUGCGCAUUUCUGCAGCCAAAAUAUGAAUAUACCAAUUAAGCUGGGAACCUGUUCGCGCGGUUGAGCGUACUCAAAUGUACUUUUCCACGCCUUUGGAUGACUAAAAUCACAUAUCUUCUGGUGAUAGUCUCCACAGCAUGAGAUGUUUGCACACGGGCUUGUCAAGGUGUUGCAUAAGCUUUCCAUAGUUAUGUAUGGCUUGUGCACGAGACCCUGCGACGUCAGCACCGUCGUCACUUUCGUGGGGUAGUGGUUUCCCUGUCCUUCGAAGUCAACCGGAAACACGAUCCAAACACUCAACAUCAAACAACAUGGCAGACGACGAACUAGCAACCAGAGC